UUCGUCAAGCCUUAAGCAUACCGUUGCGCUCCCAAGCUUAUUCGAAACUGCGAAAACUUCAAAGAAACUAUCUCUAUAUCGGUUCACAGCUCUCGGAAAAAUUUUGAUUGCUUUGAAAAAUUACAAAAAAGGUGUUAGAAGUGCUAGAAACCCGCGUUUAAGAUACUUUCAAAGUAAAAAUUUCAUUUAAUAACUUUAAAUUUUCUGCCAAGAAAGUUGUUUAGAAGUGUAGAAAUGAAGAAAAAUGUUACAGAAAAUGAAGCGUGUUUCUUACUAGGAAGCGGUUCGAAAAAAUUAAGAUAAACCAACCGAUGAAAUCUUGGCACAAAAUGGACACAAAUAUCAAACUCCAAUAGCAACCUUCUUCAAUCAUCGAAUGCAAAAUGAACUCAUCAACACCCAACGCAACCUAUUGCGAUCUAAAACAGUUCAGCAAAGACUUCCGCAGCUGCCAUAUUUAUCUCAGCUUCAUGAUAUGCACUCUGGGCUCCAUCCUCAAUAUCCUCAACAUCUUUAUUUUGAGCACCAAACAAAUGAGGUCACCUACCAACUUUAUCUUGACCUCACUGGCUAUUGCUGACGUUAUAGUCAUGUUAGAAUACAUGCCUUUUGCUUACAUGCAGGAUAGACGAACUGCCUAUUACACUUAUGGAUUUGCCUCGUUUAUAAUAUUCCAUGCAGUGUUUACCAAUGCUUUUCACUUUAUUUCGUGUUGCUUGGCUAUAAUUCUGGCUAUUUGGAGGUAUAUAGCUGUGAAAUUUCCACAAAACAAUCAGAAAUGGUGCAGCGAGACCAGAACAAAGUACACUAUAUUUUUCACUUACAUUUCAUGUGCUUUUGUUUGCAUUCCUCUGGUUCUUAGCAUGACAAUAAACAGUCCUUUAGCCUACAAGACGCCAGAAGGUGAAAUCAUCUUUAAAAUACGUAAUCAGACUGAUCUAGAGAACGUUACAGUGUACUUAACCAGUUACAGGAACAGCAUUUUCAAAAAUAUCAGUUUCUACGUUUAUGGUGUUGUGCUCAAACUCAUUCCUUGCAUCCUAUUGGUAGUUCUAUCGACGCUCUUGAUAAUAGAACUGUUCAAAGCCAAGCAAAGAAAGAAAGCAUUAUUACAUGCGGAUAAUAAGGAGACAAAACUGCUUCAAAAGAAGAAAACAAACCAGAAACACGCUGAAAAGGAGAAGCAAUUCAAUCGAACUACGAAAAUGUUAUUGGCUGUUCUGUUAUUAUUCUUGAUGGCUGAGUUUCCUCAGGCUAUGAUGGGGCUGUUGCUGCAUAUAUUGGGCGAUAAAUUCUACAGCGAGUGUUACGUGCCGUUAGGUGACCUUCUGGACAUCUUUACACUGACCAUAUCAGCAAUAAACUUCGUACUCUACUGCAUCAUGUCUCAGAAAUUCCGAGAGGUCUUCAGAGAGGUCUUCUUUCCUUAUCUGCCCUGCGGAAAGGUCAAGAAGAACCAAUGGAUAUCACUGCAAACUGUGCAAAUGGGAUAGCUUUAAGUAUAAAAAUACUUGUUAGAAUUUAAGUAAAUUUUAUGGAAUAAUAGGAUGAAGAAAUAAGGGUUCCAAUGAUAUCGCCAGAUCAUCAAUUAUGGUAGUUUUUUGGACAUUACCAACUAGUUCAAUUUUCUCUUAAUAUUAAAUUUAAUUAGGUCAUAUUGGCUCAAUGUUUUCAAUAGCUUAGUUUAUUGUAAAUAAUAAAUGUAGCAUUUUUAUGAAUCAAAUAACUGUGAUUAUUUACGUUAUAACUAAUAUGUUACUGAAUAUUUUAUUUAAAAACGAAUAUUUCCUUGCUUUAAUUAGGUUAUUUUAACGGCUAUAAUCUUCGAUGUACAUAUAUAUAGUUUAUUUAAAUCAAUUUGAUUUACUAUAAUUAUACAUAUUUAUACAUUAAUGUCUAAGGCAUUAGUGCAUUUUCUGCAGUUUAUUUUUUUAAAUUUAAGACUCACUGACAUAUGUAGGAAUGAUCCAAACUGAUACGUGUAGAAUACCUCUAAUUUUUGUUUGAUUCAAAGUGUACAGGGUGUUCUAUUUUUGCGUGUUAGAAUUUCUCGUUUACGAGUACAAGAUUCAAUGAUCGUAUCAUCG